UUAACAUUGACAUUUGUUGACGUGGCAGCCACGUAGAUGCCAAGUCAUUGACAACUCAUACUUUUUAUUUAAAAUUAAAUUAAAAAUAAAAUAAAAAUAUGUAUAGACUCCAAAUUAAUCACAAAUUAAAUUAAAAAAAAUAAAUUAUCAAAAAAUUAGAUUUUGAAACAAAAAGGGAAAAUCCCUACCUACGGCCUCACUUCCAUCAAGCUCCCAUCAACGCCAGGGCUCCCUUCUUCUUUAUCUCCUCUACUGUUAACCCAAGCUCAUAAUUCAUUUGCAUCUAUUAUCUCUUCCUUUGCUUUGAUGGGUUCUUUAAGCAAUAAAUGGAGGAUGUGAGAAUGCAUCAGAGGAGGAGACUUUUGUGAGAAUGAAUUGGCAUCUUGGGGAUUUUGUGAGUUCGGCGGCAGAGUGGAGAGAUGUCUCUCACAGGUAGGGAUUGGUUCACCGCCGCUGUCCACCGUCGAAUACAAAAAAAUCCCCAAAUUUUAGGGUUUGGUUCACUGCCACUGUCCACCGUCGGGGUUUCCUUGAAGCUCGGUUGUGGGCCCGUCGUCGCUCCCUAACCUACUUGUGUGCAGCGGAAAUGAGGGUUUGAGAAGAGGGAGAGGUCGUGUAAAGUGGACGAGAAGGUGAGAGGUCGGAGAAGACGAUGGAGAUGGGUUUUUAUUUUUUAUUUUUGUAAUUUUGCAAUUUUCUUUUUUAUAUGAAAAAUAAUUAUAAAUUAAUAUUAUAAAUUCCACUUCAGAUGCCACAUCAACGCUUACUGGAUUUUCUGUUAAAAACUAACGAUCAACGCCGAUCAACUCUAACGGAGAAUUAGUUUAGGACACAAUUGUCAUAUCGAAUACUUUAGGACACAAAUGACACAAAGUUAAUAGUUCGGGUUUCCUAGUGGUAUUAACCCUAUUACUUAUUACCAGGGUCAUCCAGUGAAAUUUGGAGGCAUUGUUCAGAAAAUAAUAUGUGACCUAAUUUAUAACUGUCAUAAUUUUUUUUGAACAAUUCCAUUUGAAAGUGUCUUAUAAAUCAUUAAUUUUCAUGUUAUAUGAAUUAAAUUGACUCGUUGAAUUUGUAAAUUCUAAAGUUGUAAUUAUCUAUUUCAGAAGUGCCUUUAGAAAACUCAAAUUUUCAGGUUAUAUGCUAAACGAAAACUCUGGGAGUUUAAUAACUAAAACAAUCGAAAUAUUAAAAUGGAUGGACUAAGUUGAUAUCUUAGUCUAGCUAAAUUAAAUAAAUGGCUACUCAUAUAACAGGUGCUAAAUUGACAAAUUUGAAGUAUAAUACCUAAAAAUAUUAACAUUAAGAGACUAAACUAACAUUUUUGUCUAGUUAAAUUAAUUUAUAAAAAAAGAUUUGGUGUAACGAAUGAUGCAAAAAAUUAAAUUUGAACAAUGACAUUGCAUGCAUAGUUCAGUGUUUCGGAAAUCAUACCGUAUCGUUCGGUCCGAUCAGAAUAUCAGAUAUCAAAUUCAAAACAAUAGGCAAUUUGAGCAAUAGGAAAUGUUUGAAUUACAAUUAAAAUCACGAUUUUACUUCAAAAUAUUCUAUCACUUACUUUUCUAGUAUGAGUUGCGGUACGAUUUCACAAGCCUUGUGAUUUGUGAACACAACUUACCCAACCAACCAAAUGCAAAUCAAAUUCCUAAUUUAAUAUCCGACUAGUAGUGGUAGUUAGAAUUAAAAUUGUGACUGUUCUAAUUCUAAUGUGACUUGUAGACCAGUCAGUCCAGCUAUGCAUGCAGCCUCCCACACUUGUCUUCUUUUAUCACUUGUCAGUUGUCAGUAGUCACAAUCACAGAUUUCAAUAAUAUUAGUUAUAGUUGUAAUUAAUCCCCCCUUUCCCAACUCUUGUAUGGGUCCUGCAUCAAUUUUGAAUGAUAAAAAAAAAAAGCAUCAAAUUAUAACUGAUGAUCAAUGUGCCUUUUUACUUUUACACUAGAAAUGCCUCAUAGACUAAGUACGUGCCAAAAGUAUAUUACUAAAAAUAAUGUCUAGAUAAUAUAAUCUCAAUAAAAGUAUCUUUAAACGAAUCUCGUUUUGUUAUAAUUAAAAGAUACUUAUGCUAUCCAUGACCCAAAUCCAACAAGCAAACGACCCAAAAUCACUAUGACGUUCUUUGGUUAAAGGAUGGUUAUCGGUUCACUAACUCUAAUCAGCUCGGUUGAGCUCAUCAACAACAAUGGCCAACCCAAAAGGACCGCGGUCCAACCCAAAAAUUGAACAAUCUUGGCAUGUGAUGUAAUAAUAAGUUGAGGCAAAACGGAAAGAAGCGGAAGGAAAAUUCUGCCCACCCUCCUCGUUUUUCUAUAUAAAGGCUUCUUCUCUCAACGGCCUUCUAACACUCCCACUCACAAUCAACAACCACCAGCCACCAUCUUUGUGUGUCCCUUCUCCAUCGUCGGCCACUCUCCUCUCCCUUUUUGAUUCCCGUCUGCCUCCGACCAAGUUGGGAAGAAAUCACGCUCCUGAAAAAUGGUGAAGAAUGUAGGAAUUUUGGCCAUGGAAAUCUACUUCCCUCCUACCUGUGUUCAACAGGAAGCGCUGGAGGUUCAUGAUGGAGCGAGCAAAGGGAAGUACACAAUUGGGCUUGGCCAGGAUUGUAUGGCAUUUUGUACUGAUGUGGAAGACGUCAUCUCCAUGAGCUUGACUGCCGUUAAUUCACUCCUGGAGAAGUAUGGUGUUGAUCCCAAGCAAGUUGGUCGCCUUGAAGUUGGGAGUGAGACUGUGAUUGAUAAAAGCAAAUCGAUCAAGACUUUCUUGAUGCAGAUCUUUGAGAAAUGUGGAAACACCGACAUUGAAGGUGUGGACUCGACCAAUGCUUGCUAUGGAGGAACUGCAGCUCUGUUCAACUGUGUAAACUGGGUUGAAAGCAGUUCGUGGGAUGGUCGAUAUGGGCUUGUUGUGUGUACUGAUAGUGCGGUCUAUGCUGAAGGACCAGCCAGGCCUACUGGAGGAGCUGCAGCAAUUGUCAUGCUAAUUGGCCCAGAUGCACCUAUUGCUUUUGAAAGCAAAUAUAGGGGGAGCCAUAUGGCGCAUGCCUACGACUUUUACAAGCCGAACCUUGCCAGCGAGUAUCCGGUUGUAGAUGGCAAGCUUUCUCAAACGUGCUACCUCAUGGCUCUUGAUGCCUGCUACAAGCAUUAUUGUGCCAAGUAUGAGAAGUUUGAAGGAAAGCAAUUUUCUAUUUCUGAUGCUGACUAUAUUGUUUUUCAUUCACCUUACAACAAGCUUGUACAGAAGAGCUUUGCCCGUUUGGUCUUUGAUGACUUCACCAGGGGUGCAAGCUCCAUUGAUGAGGCUGCUAAAGAGAAGUUCGCACCAUUUUCAAGUUUAUCUGGCGAUGAGAGCUACCAAAGUCGGGAUCUUGAAAAGGUGGCUCAACAAGUUGCCAAGCCGCUUUAUGACUCAAAAGUGCAGCCAACCACAUUGAUACCAAAACAAGUCGGGAACAUGUACACUGCGUCAAUUUAUGCUGCUUUUGUGUCCCUUCUGCACAACAAGAACAGUGAACUGGCGGGCAAACGGAUUAUAAUGUUCUCAUAUGGAAGUGGUUUAACGGCCACAAUGUUCUCCUUAAAGUUACAGGAAGGACAAUAUCCUUUUAGCUUGUCCAACAUUGCUUCAGUGAUGAGUGUCGAUGAAAAAUUGAAGUCAAGGAUUGAGGUUGCACCAGAGAAGUUUGUGGAAACCCUGAAGCUAAUGGAGCACAGGUAUGGAGGUAAGGACUUUGUGACAAGCAAGGACACAAGCUGCUUGGCCCCAGGAACAUACUACCUCACUGAAGUCGACUCGAUGUAUCGUAGAUUCUACUCACAAAAGGCAGCUGAUGGCGCUCCUGCUAAUGGCUCGAUCAUCAACGGUCACUGACGUAGCGGGAACUGUAGUUAAUUUGAGUCGGAUGUAGUACUUGAAGAGAAGAAUUUUAAGUACUCGGUGUGUGGCUUUUUUAGAUGUGAUCAGUAGCAGCAGCAGCAGCAGCAGCAGCCUAUGCAGACAAGUGUGCCUGUCUAGACUAGAGCAAGCAAAUGAUUUCUAGUGUCCUUUCCUAAUUUAUGUUCAUUUCUGUCCCAUGAUUGUAUCUUUCUGUCCGUCUUUAUUUUGUAUGAAAAGCAAUUCGUGUUGAGAAACUAAUAAAGGCGCAAUUUCCUUCCCAGGUUCAGUCAUGUUUUGCACUUGUCGUUCAAUGCAUCAUAUCUCAACCGUCGUUCCUUUUUUUUUUUUUUUUUUUUUCUGAAACAACCGUCAACCGUCGUUUUACUUACUUUCAUAGAGUAAAGAAUGUUGGGUACC